ACUGUGCGGGAAGCCAAAGCGUGUUGCUGCCUGCUGUCUUUGUCUCCCGUCUACACAGCUCUUGUUACUCCUCGUCAACGCCCUCCACAGAUCUGCAGGAUGACGAGUGCAAGAAAAGUACCCAAUGGUGAUAUGCAGGAGAACAUGUUGAAGUAUUUGGUGAAGAAGAAUAACAAAGGAACAUCAACACACACUCUCCAAGUCCUCACAGAGAACACAGAUGCUAACUCUAACAUCAAAAAG